GUGAUCCCAUAUCGACCAUUUCGGUGGGGAGCAUAUCAUGUCACGAUGGGUAUACGUACGAUGCCGUGGUCUGAGUGGAUAGAACUCGAUUCCAAAUUUGUGGCGUACCAACAGAUACGGGAUGCCCGUCUACGAACUGGUGGAAAAAGCGUGUUGCAAGUUCUUCCUUCGCAGUCCUUUUCGCCUUUGCGUGCAGGAGAGGACAACAGGGAGGGACACGAGUGUGUGAAUGUCACGGGAGGUGCUGAAGCAGCUAGGGAGCUUGUGUACGAGCUUGCAGAGUUCCUGUCCAGACGGUAUCCUUUGUCGUUCAAGGUCUCGCGUGUCACAUCUUCACCUUCCACGUCGUUGAAGGACGAUAUAGCCACUAUCGAAGGCAUUCCUCUAGCCUGGCAUGGUUUGAUGCCUAUUAAAGCAAUCCAUGUCGUGGACACGGGUAUCACAUACAGCCUUUCCACACUCGAAGCGGUGGAAGACCCACGGAUGGGAGAGGAAGCAUUGAAAUUUGUUAACGGAUUAACUCAAGACGAUUUCGCUAUCAUGGUUGAAGAUCGGACGGCAAGUAUUACUUCCAGGCUGAAUUGGUCUUCGUACCGGGUAUGUCUGUUGCCUGACUGCUAUUGUGAUGGCACUACUGUCGUCAAUGCUGACCGCCUCUCUGACGAUCCAGGAUUCUGGCGUAUGAGGGACAAAAUUGGCAUGCCCCUCAAUGAGAUACAUAUAUCCGGCGGCGUGCCACAAUUCAAAGAGAAGCUGCAAAUGAGCAUGAGCCGAUUUUUCAAACGCCUACCUGUUGAUAAACCUGUCAUAUGGAACGACUACUCCAUUCAAGCUGUCUCGGCAACGAAAAAUCCGGAAGAUGUUGAUCCAAACGAGCUCAGCUGGAGUUUCACCCAGAAUGGUCCGGAAGACACGUUUGCUGACGGCCGGGGACACAGCAGUGCACCAAUCCCGCACCUCUCUCCGAAGACGCUGCGUCUCCAUACUGAACAUCAAACACUGCACCGACUGCCUCGAACGGGUGCGAUUGUGUUCGGAAUUCAGACGUAUCAGGUGGGUGUGGAGGAGCUAGUCAGAGAAGGCACAGGAGUCGCUGCGAGACUGGCGAGUGCAGUGAGGAGUUGGCCACGGGACGUUGCGGGGUAUAAAGGACGAAGGAGAUGGGAGGAGGAGUUGCUUGGGUAUUUGGAUGGGAAAAAAGGUGGAGGUGGGUCGGUGGAGGGAGAGUUGCCGUAUCCCUUUUGAGGUAUGGGUCCCAUGCCAAGGCUGCAGUAUCAACCGGCGCUGGUGCAGCAGCUACACAGACGCCCACACUGACAUGUGUCCGACGUCACGUUCUAUGUAUCAUCAGUCAUUUCCUGAUCUGGUGAGUAGGGAGAACAAUCACGAGCUCAAAGCGUACGCAUAUCAUUGUCUC